CCCAGCCAAUCGGGAGACACGUCAAGAAAAAGCAAGGUACGGCAGCACAAGAGUUAGCUAGCUUAAUUGUUACUGCUGCUAAACACUAACAGGAGCUUGGUACAGGGUAUUACAAAGUGUUCAGGUACAGUUUUAUCAAUAUAAACACCGGUUUACAUACACAGCUCUAACUGGGGAUAGUAUGGACAAGUCAAACACAGUUACUUGCACCGCUCCUGUGAACAUAGCUGUCAUCAAAUACUGGGGAAAGAGAGAUGAAGAAUUGAUUCUACCCAUUAACUCAUCGUUGAGCGUCACAUUGCAUCAAGACCAGCUGAAAACAACUACAACAGUUGCAACCAGCAGAUCAUUUCAGGAAGAUCGAAUAUGGCUAAAUGGCAAAGAGGAGGACAUAACCCAUCCUAGACUACAGUCCUGUCUGAGAGAGAUUCGACGACUGGCAAGAAAGAGAAGUAAUGACAGGGACCUCGCUUUGGAUUCAACUUGUUUGUCUCACAAAGUCCACAUCUGCUCUGUAAACAACUUCCCCACUGCUGCCGGGCUCGCCUCUUCAGCCGCUGGAUUCGCUUGUCUAGUUUACACUCUGGCUCGGGUGUUUGGCGUAGAAGGGGAGUUGUCUGCCAUUGCUCGGCAAGGCUCAGGCAGCGCAUGCCGUAGUAUGUAUGGAGGGUUUGUCCAAUGGAUCAUGGGACAGAAAGACGAUGGCAAGGACAGUCUAGCCCAGCAGGUGGAGCCGGAGACUCAUUGGCCCGAGCUCAGAGUCCUUGUACUAGUGGCCAGUGCUGAGAGGAAGCCAGUGGGCAGCACCUCUGGGAUGCAAACCAGUGUACAAACAAGCUGUCUCUUAAAGCACCGUGCCGAGUCUGUCGUCCCAGGCCGCAUGGCAGAGAUGAUUGAAGCGGUACAAAGAAAGGACUUUGCUGCAUUUGCUGAACUAACCAUGAAGGACAGUAACCAGUUCCAUGCAACCUGCCUUGACACAUACCCUCCCAUCUUCUACCUCAACAGUGUGUCUCAACAGGUUAUCAAUUUGGUGCAUCGGUAUAACAGACACUACGGGGAGACAAGGUUGGCCUACACAUUUGAUGCAGGACCAAACGCUGUGAUCUACACUCUACAGCAGCAUGUUCCUGAAUUUGUUCAGGCAGUUGAACAUUUCUUCCCCCCAGAGACAAACAGAGGACAGUUUAUUAAGGGUCUUCCAGUUAACCGUGUUGCUCUUUCUGAGGAACUGAAACAGGCAAUUGGUCUAGAGCCCAUGCCAAAGGGAAUAAGCUACAUUAUUAGUACCAAGGCUGGACCAGGCCCUCGUGUUGUGGAGGAUCCCACUCAGCAUCUACUUGGAUCUGAUGGGCUGCCCAAGAAAAUUAUGUGAUGCCCUGCAGCCCAAAAUGGACAAAGUUCCACAGAGCAAUAGUGAAACCAAUUCAGCAGAAAUCAAAUCUGCAGUUACAGUAGUCAUAUGUAACUAGGUUUUUACAAUCCAAGCAACACCAGAUACCUUCCUUACAGUUGUGGAUGUUUAUAUGUUGGCCUUUAAUUAUCUAACUACUGGUGUGCCUCUCCUCAGCUAUUUAUUGCACAUAUCUCAGUAUCUACAAGUGAAUACUGUUUCAGAGGUAUUUGACUUAUCUGUUUAGUCAUAGACAUGAGCAUCUGCUCCAUUUUGAGGCGGUAAAUAAAUGGAAAUGCUGAUAUUGCUCAAAGGUACUGCCAAUGUGCACUGAACCAUGAAUACAGUUUAGCACUGCAGCUGCAGUGUGCUCUCUGUCCUAUCUGAGCACAUGAUUAUGUCUAGGAUGUUUUGAAUUUAUGUAUGUAUCAAUGUAUUUAAGGAGGGAGUUAUAAUUAUGGUCACUUUGUUUUCAUUUUUCAUCUUGUGAAAAAAGAAUUUCAAAUUUACAAUACAUUCGUAAAUUAUGUCAAUUUUAUUCAGUA